AUGGCUAGCCUCAGCUUUAUAAUGGAUGCCAACGACGACCACCCCACCGACACCCGAUCCACCUCAAAUACAAGGCAUGUCACUACCCCUGGCUUGGCCACCACCGAUAGCACCGAGCAAGAUAUCAACCAGGCCGCACCUGCUGGCCAGACUCGACAGCGCGGUACCCCGUCACAGGGUCCUAAGUCCGCCUCCGCAACAUCACUGCCAGGAAAGGCGGACAAGGGAGCCGCUCUCGUUGCCGUCGUCUCAUCCACCUCCUCUUCUUCGCCAUCCUUGUCUGCGUCCACGGCCCGGCGAUCGACACGCCGCCGGAGCACGACAACCGAAGACUCAAUGGACCGGUCACGAUAUGGCCAGGGCCCCUCGUCGUUUUCAAUGGGCCGGCGUCUUCAGAGGCCCAUGCCUAUGCCUCCCGCCCCAGCCCAAUUCACUCCAAAGAUCACGCCCAAGACGGGGCGGGUCAGUAAAGCCAAAAAGGGCUUGCCGGUUCAUGUGUGCGAGAUUUGCAACCCACCCAAGACCUUCACUCGGGCUGAGCAUCUAAGACGUCACCAGCUAGGCCACGGAGAGCCGCGAUUCCAGUGCUCCGGCUGUGACAAGUCGUUCCAUCGAGCCGACCUUCUCGCGCGGCACCAGCAAAAGCAUGAGGACGAUGGUGACCAUGGCAUUGGCAUUCCAAAGCUGCAACCAGCACGUCGGAGCCCUCAUCCACCCCCAGCAGCACCGUCUUCCCAAGCCCAGAACUCGCCCCGAGCACACGGCCUCACGUCAACUCCGUCUCCCUCCGUGACCGCCAUCCCGCCCUCACCCAGUGCAGCCGUGGGGAGUCAGUCCGAUCUCUCGCAUAUUGGAGACUCGGCACCAGGAGACAAUGCCGCCUACAGAGCGGCUCCCUGCCCCCCGUCACAGGACUUCCACAACACGUACACUCCAACCCUAUCCAUCGUUGAUCCGGCGCGGUCGUCAUCGCUUGCGGUUCCAUACCUCGGCGCUCUGGAAUAUCAACCCCGGAACGGGCCACCGACCAUUUACGUGGUAACCCAGGGUCUCGAAUCGCCGAGUGUCCAAUCUGUCGAAGUGCCAGAACUCCAUGAUGGCUCCGCAUGGCCAUCUUCGGCUUCUGACAGUACCUACUCGACGCCGGUAUCAGACGUCUCUAGGAAUCCGCGACUGUCGUCCUAUCCUAGCACGGCAAGUCGCGGGCUGCUGCAUUCUGCACAGACUAUUGAGGGCAUCCCCGCUGCUCCGCCUCCAUUGUUCCUGAACUCGUACUCGAACGACCCAUCAGAACACACUUAUGGCAGUACGCUCGGCGUACCAUCCAUGGGGUAUUCCACCACCGGCGCUUGCCACCGUCGUGCCUCCUUGACCGCCUCCACAGACGGCACUCCCGGCUCCUACCAGCAUCGCCACAUCAACUCACUGUCCUCUGCGCAUCGCCGAUCCCCGCCCCUAAACACAUCUUCACCUGGGAAUGAAACGUUGCUUGCGUCUUCUCCCGGUUUCUCCAACCGCCUGGACUCCGUGGCCAGCAUUAACCGCCGGAAGGGGUUCAUGAUGGAGGCACACCAGGACUUACUAAGCUCGCACGCGGCGAUGGGCCCUCUGGCUAUCUUGGACGGCCUGGCUGUGGCGUACGGUGCUGGCAGCAGCGCGGCAAGCCCUGGUGCUGAUAACGCCAGUCAUAGCAGCGGCAUCAUCGCCGAACUCGACUUGGCAUUGGAGGGUCGCUGUGCCAUGCCGACGUCCUUGUCAAUGACCAUCCCAUUGCCGGGGCCAGUCCUUGCCGCCAUUCCCCGCUACCUCGACAUCUACUGGUCCGAAGUCGACCUUGUUAUGCCUCUGAUUCACCGUCCAUCUUUCGAAGCGGCCCCAGAGGAUAUACUGAGAUGUGCUAUGGCGGCUGUAGCUACGCAACAUCUUGACAAUCGGGAGGAUCGCACUCGGGGCAAUCAACUGCAUGAGUUUGCAUGGCAGGAGGUGAAACGUGUAACCCAAUGGAGCCUCCAGACCAUGCAAGCCAUCCUCCUCUGCGAAUACUUUGCCCGUUUCCGCGGCCGCAAGGCCGUCACACGACCUUCGAGGCCGUUCGAGUCUCUAUUUUCGAGGAUCCUGUAUCACAACCCGGCGUAUCUGGAUCACACGAUGCUCGCCACAGACCAGCACCAUCUAUCCGUCCAACAGCGAUGGCACAGCUGGAUAGUGGCCGAAUCGCGCCGUCGUCUCCUUGCGGCCUGCGUCUUCUGCGACGAACACGCCGGCAUCUAUCACCAGCAGCGGCGUGCACAGGAUAGCCAUCCCUCGGCGGCCCUUCAGCCGCUUCCCCUCCUUGGCGGCAGCACAAAACUGUGGGAAGCGUUGUCGGCAGAGGAAUGGACCGACGCGCUGGCCGCUGAUCCGGCCGUGCUCCAACCCGAAUACGUGCCCCCUCUCGAGCACCUGACAUUCGAGGACAUCGUCCGACGACCCCAAAUGGACCGCAUGAUCAUCGCCGCCGCCUUUGCACAGCGGCUGCCGCGCCGUCACCGGCCGGGACCAGCAUCAUCGCUCUCGGCAAACAGCUCCCCGACCCCCGAACUGGACCCGCAGAUGCACCACCCCGGCAGCCCGUCCAUUCACCUCCUCAACAACAACCAACCCACCUCGUUCCUCCGUCACCAACCCGAGUCCUCCCCACAGCCCGACAAGAUUCCCUCUUGCCCUUCCUCCGACGCCGAGGAGCGCAUCAGCACCAUCUUCGGCCCCUGUCCCGUCGCCAACACGUAUCUUGCUCUGCACCACACCCCGCUGCGCGAUCUCCUCGCCGUCGGCGGCGACUCGUGGGUCUUUUCUCAAAAGGUCCUCCCCGCGACUUCGUUUCACGAACACCAGAAACGGCUCAAAGUCUGGGUCACUUCCACUUCUACUUCUACCUCCUCCACCACCAACGAAAACAGUGGUACCGGUAGCGGCGGCCCCAGUGUCGUGCGCGCCACCGUCUACGCCGCCCGCGCAAUUCUGGGGUUUCUCGCUCGCCAGCCUCCUCCGCCUUCUGUUACUACUACUGCUACACCUCACGCGCGACAUCCACAGCUCCAAGGGGAAAAGGUUUCCAGUAGUAGUAGUGGUGGUGAGUGCUCCAUGGGGAAGCGGAACACGGCUGCCGCGCCCUGGUCUAUGGACAUGUCCGAUUACUGGGCCAUGUAUGUCUGCGCGCUGAUUUGCUGGGCGUUUUGUCACCAACACCAGACACAUAAUCCGGCGCACCGGUCGUCAUCCUGCCGGUCUGGUGCUGUUGGCGGUGGUGCCACCGGGAGGGGGGGGAUUAGUCCUGUGCCGGCUGCUGCCGCUUCUGCGUCGCGGCCUCAAACCCAGAGUGGCGCAUCCGCCUCCGCGGCUGACGAUGAGGAGGCGGUUAUUGCAUGGCUAGGGAUGGUGGCGGCCCAGGGCGUGAGGCCGGAGGAUGUGGUGGGACUGCGCGGGCGGCGCGAGGCGGCCGGUGUCGUGGGGUUGGUGAGGCGGAGGUUGGAGGCGGAUUGCCUGGGCGGGAGGAGCCGGCUGUAUGUUGAUGCUGUCGGCGUGUUGAGGAAGAUUGAGGAGGGGGUCGGAUGGAAGUGGUUUUGA